AUGAGUCUGUUCAUCGACAGGUACUCCAAGAAGCAGGCGCGGACGGUGGAGGUUAACCUGGAGAGCAUUCUACUCCGAGCGCAGGUCAUCAUCGAUGAAGCUGAAGGACGACACAUCACAAACCAAGCGAUGCUUCGGCAGCUGAGCAAGCUGAGGGAUGCCAUGUAUCAAGGUUACUAUGUGCUCGACACCUUCAGAUACAGAGCUAUAAAGGAAAACAAAGCUGAAGAUCAUCAGGUGCUGAAUCACUCUUGGAAUCUGUCCAAAUUCAGUUAUGCAAAACAUCUUUGUCUAUCUAGCAGCAGCAGCAGUAACAGCACAGAAACUUCACAAGGACUUCAAGCUGAAGAUGUCCUUAACAGUUUGAGAACCAUGGUUCUUGAUUUCCAUGAGUCGAUAAUGUUCUUGACAACAUAUCCUCGCCUGCACCGCCAACCUUAUAACAUGCAUCUCUUGCUGGAGAAGUGCAUGUUUGGCCGCCAGAUGGAGAUGGAACUAGUCAUAAACUUCCUGUUGCACACACAACCUUGCAUUAAUAGUCUUGACAGGUUUGAUGUCCUACCAAUUGUUGGUCCAGGGAGAUCUGGAAAGAGCACCCUUGUCGCUCAUGUCUGCAACGACGAAAGAGUCCGGGAUCAUUUCUCACAGAUUGCUUUCUUCGGAAACAGUAAUUUCAGAGAUGAAGAUAUAGCCAUUUUGACAGAUGGAUGUCCAAUAAGACAUAAGCAGAACAAGAAAUUGCUAAUUGUUUUUGAGGUUGAUGGCGAACUCAGUGUAGAUUUAUGGCAAUGCCUGUGUUCUCUCUCUAAAAGGUUAACUGCAAGUGGUAGUAAGAUCAUAAUCACAAGCCGGUCUGACAAGAUCACAAAGCUUGGGACAAGACAGGCUCUGAUUCUGAAGCCUCUGCCUCAUGAAGCAUACUGGUAUUUCUUCAAGGUGAUAACGUUUGGAAGCACAAAUCCUGAGAUGCAUCCUAGACUUGCAUAUUUGGCAAUGGAGAUAGCAAAGAUGCUGAAUGGAUCUCUGCUUGCUGCACACGUCAUCUCUCGCCUACUAGGAGGUAAUUUUAACAUGAAUUAUUGGUGCAAGGUUCUGGAAUUCAUGAGACGGUCUGUAGCAAAACAUAUCUCCAUGUAUGGUGAGCAUCCUUGUGAUUUGGUUGAUGAAAAUAAACCUACAUAUAUGGCAAUGCUGGGUGAAAAUAGUGGUGAAGAUCUUUUUAUUUCUGAUACGUGCUCUCCUCAAGAGGAAAUUCCGGAGAUUACAAUUCAAGAUGUGGUGUAUGGAGGCGUCAAGCCUGAUGGGAUAUUUAAGAUCCUUGCAUGGAAGUCUCAGAUACCACCCUACCAUUGCUACAUCUAUACUUGUGAAAUUCGUAAAUCACAGGCUAGAGUUUUCAAGAGGAAGCGCUCUCUGAAUAAUAAGUGUGUUAGUUGUGGUUAA